AUGACAUCACACAUCGUAUAUGAAGGCGUUCAGCAGCAUGGAGAAGUGGCGGAUAUCGAGAACACCCUCUUUGGUGGCCAAAAGCUAUGGUUUGCACAUACAGUCCCUCAACGGAAAUACAUCUUGGAAAACGCCCGAAACAAUGGUGCUAUCAUUGUUGACUUUGACAAGGACGCAGAUGUGAAGCUGGUUGAUCAUGCCAGAAAGAACAACGCUCCUGGUACUCACUCAUACAAAUACGUCGAGGUUUCUAUUCGAAAUGGCAGAAGAGAAAACCUGGCUGACCAUGCCGUCGGCAUCGCCACCCGCGUUUCCAGACCGGUUGGCAGUACCACUACCACGCCGAGACAAGGAAGAAUUCCAUUUACCUCGGAAGAAGACCAGCAACUUUGGGACUGGGUCAAACCCUACCAGGAGAGCGGAGGGACAUGGAAGGGCAACGAGAUUUACAAACAACUGGAGGCUGUCAAUCCGCGCCAUACCUAUCAAAGUUGGCGUGAUAGAUGGAUAAAAAAAGUCCAGUUCCAAAGGAGAACCACCACGCCACGUACUGAGGAGGUCGAGGACGAAGAUGAAGCCCAAUCACCAUCUGAGGCUUCUGAACCUCAACCAUCGCGCUCAGUACAGCAACGGAAAAGAACAAGAUCGGAUGUAGACGAGAUUGGACAACAUGAAACUCGAGUCUACUGUAACACCACAGAACCCGGCACUAGGGACCGUCAGUAUGUGAGGGACUCAGCCCAGAGGCCCAAUGAUCCGGCCACUCGACAACAGCCAACUCAUUCCAAGGUUAAAGCGAUCCCGAGGACGGAGCAUUCAAGAUCUCUCGUAGGCAAAAACCCCAGUGUUGAAGCCUCUGAAUUCGAACGAGAUGAAGAUCCGCAGAUCACGACCGAAGGAGGGAUGGACCAUAAUUCUGAUGUCCUCCACAUUCGACAGGCUCUAUCUAUAGAAAAACGGGAACAAUUGUACGACCUUGUCCCAGCUCUCUCCGAUAUGACUGCUGAGCUUUUUCAAGAAGCAUGGGCCGACCUGGUUAUUCAUCAAGACUGGAACGAACUCUCCCCUAAACAAUGGCAGAUUUAUUUUGAGAAGAUCAUUGUACCUGAUUACUGUCGACGUAACAAGCUAUCAAUUGCACAGAUUGCUCCAUACUUAAGUCAGCAACCAGCCCUUGCUGACUCCACCAUCCCACGAAAGGCAGCAGGAAGCAAUGCCCGAAAAAUCACUUGUGGCUUUUGUCAUGAAGGGACCUCAGCCACUUGGCAUGUUCACAAGCAAUAUGAACUUGUUUGUACCGAGUGUGCCAUCUUCCUGAGAGUUGAAGGGGUUCCUGGACCGCCCAUUGCUUCGGCCAAGGUCGAUCACGAUCUGGGAAGUAGAAUUGAUUCGAGAAUCUCAACAGAUAAUCGAACUCCUCAGCCCAGCAUGAAAUCUCUGCUUACGCCUACAAAAGGGUCCAAGCUUGGUAACUUUGUUGACCCCCCUGACUCACCUUCACAGGCUCGUAACCCCGAACCAAAUGAGGCCAGAAAAAGAAGUUCUGCCAGGGUUAGUCAGUCUCAAUCAACCUCACAAGAGUCUCAACACGGUGCUCGGGAGCCAUCAUCAAUGCUUGAAAUUGUGGACAACUUUCUGGAGGAGCAAGAACUUCCGCAAGUCACGAGAAACGACAACCUUGCGGCGAAUUUGAGUCCCCCUUCAUCGUCUCUAGAGUCUAUAAAUCAUAUAAUUGCAUCCAAGAAUCGGGGACCUCGAUCUCACCUGGAGCUUGAACAGUUUGACACUGCUCCAGAGACAAUCGAUGAUUUCGAUAGCGCACUAGAAGAAAUCCCGGUCGAUCGUGGUGCAAGGUCAAUGAAAGGGAAAGGACGUCGUCUAUCGACACAGGCCCUGUUUGAGCAUUUGGAAGAUCCAUUGGACGUUUCCUACCUUGACCUUCCAGACCCUGAAGGUGGCUGGGAAGAGGCGCUUGGAUAUAUGCCUGAUGGGGCAAGCAAUCAUGAAUUAGAUACUGAAGGGAAUGGCGACGAAGCCGGCUCUCGCACAAAGGGUAAAGGUAAAGCACGGAUGAACGACAAUUCCAGACACGAUUCAGUCUCAGAAGGGCUUCCUCUUCCAUCUCACUCGAAGCAGCGGGCACCCAAUCCAGUGCCGAAGACGACUUCAACUACAAGUGGCCCUGCCACCUCAAGUUGGGUCACGGCACAAACAGCGAUCCACAAAGAUAUUCAUCCCACUACAUUGAGACCUGUCCUUUUCAAAGUUUUGGAAGCGACGAGUUUCGACGUUGACGCCGCCACAAGGCUCCUAAGCAUCGUCCUCGACCAGAUACCUUCAAAGUAUAAGCAAGGGAACAUCCAUCGCUCUCAUCCAGAAAUUACCAUCCCUAAUAACAUCCCCGGAGUGUGGACGAGUGAGGACGACAAUUUGCUGCUGAGUGAGCAUUCGGCAGAUGUCAACGUCGUGAGGCAAAAGCAUGGCGAAAUUGUGUCUGAUAACCGUCUAAGAUGUCUCAAUGUCUUAUUGGCAAGAUGA